AUGACGACGCGCAUAUCCAAGGCGUGCCACGAGUGCCGUGCACGCAAGAUCCGCUGCGACGGGCUCCAGCCUUGUGCUCACUGUACGGCUCGGGGAUCGACCUGCGUCUACCGGGCCAAGGCGCGCAACCGGAUGCGCAGGAACGUCACGCCUGUCCAGGAUUCGAUGAAGGAACCGCGGUCUCAUGUAUCGUCAUCCGGCGUGGUGGCCCACAUCAACAACAAUCGCGGCAGCACUGACGACGACGUCGGCCCAGCCCAGCAGCCCGACGAUGACGACGACGACGGUGGUGGGCCGGACAUCAACAUCCCCAGCGUGGCUGCCAUCCACGGCGCCUCGCCCUCCAUGCUCGUGCAGGUAUACUACGGCCCGUCGUCCAUCUUCUCGCUCAUGAAUUCCAUCUACCACCAGAUAGAGGGCACCUGCUCCGCAUCCCUGUCGCGUCAGUCCCUCGAGGAGGUCGGCCCUGGCUUGGACCUCUUCAGCCACAGACGCCUCUUCUUUGGCGAUCUCGCCAGCGCGACAUCCUCGCCGCAGGGGAACCGAGAUAACUCGGCCAUCUUCCUCGACAAGGACGCCGCCCAGAAGUUUCUGCAGAGGUACCUUGAUACGUACUGGCAGUUCUUCCCCAGCAUAUCGAAAGCCACGUUCCGCCAGCGCCUGAAUGCCAUGUUCAAACCUUUGACUCUCUUCAGCUUCGAUACUCCGGACAACAUCAUUGUCGCUCUAGCGCUGGCCCUCGGUGCCGAACUCAUGGGCGAGGAGGGUGCGUGUACCUACCUCCUUCAACGGGCGAAGCAGGGGAUAGAGAAGCUCGACGAGAUGGUCAAUGUGCAGAUGGUGCAGGUCUACUUCAUGCUGGGCCAGAUCCACACCGAGAGGGCACGCCCUAAUUCGGGCUUUCUUCACAUAGGGUCUGCUGUGCGGCGUGCCAUCGCCGCAGGUCUUCACAAGGAGACCCUCUCUCGUCGACAGGAUACUAGGGAGGACAGCGAGCAGAAGAUUGUCACAGUCUGGGCAUUGUACUUUUGGGAGACGUGGACUGGCUUCUCGCUUGGAAGGCCAAGCUCAUUGCGCGAUCCAGGUGAUAUAAACAGCAUACCAAAAGAAUACGAGCUCCUACGUGUCAUGGCCCGUCUAAGUCGCAUCAUAUCCAUGUGCGUCCAGGGCAUCUACGCACCCCGUCACAGCUCUCUACUGCCCGUGUGGACCUCUGCAAACGAGAUACGGCAAGAGCUCCUCCAGUUCGCGGAGAAGGAGCCACGCAAAGUCGGCGUCAAGAUGACUGGCAGUGUCCAGCCCGGCCAUCUUGGAUUUUCUCAAGCUCUGUUGUCGUCAUUCUACCACCAUACACUCCAGCUCACAUUCCGACCAUUUCUCAUUCUCCGGGCAAAGAUGAGGAAGCAGGGCGGCCCAGGCCGUCCUGUCUACACGCCGCCUGUCUGGCUGGACAAGGCCUGCGACUACUGCCUGGAGGCAGCCAAGGAUUUGAUGAGCUUCCUGGUUGGCGCAUGCCGAGAUAAUGUCCUUUGCAGAGAACUAAAAUAUUUCAACCUCUUUGUGGAGGGAGCCUGCUACACGUUUGCCCUCGACCUCCUCCAGGAGACUGAUGGCAGCCACCGUAGCUUACCCUGGAUCCGAUCGUCCAUCAAGUGUCUGCAGCUGCUGCUACCAGGCAAGUCGCUAUCGUCGGAAAGCCUACAGACGCCUAUCACCAUCGCCGCCCUCGUGCGCAUGGUCCGCACGGUGAUACCUGAAUUCUCCGUGGACAGUGCCACGACCGAGCUGGACGAGAAGAUCAUCUCGUUCAACAAGCAACGCCAGCCAGACUACGACCCGGCGUCUGUGAGGCCUUUUGGCGGAAAUGAUGCGGCGUCCACACCGCUGACGGAUAGGAGUUACCCGCCUUUUCCUUACGUAGGUGGAGGCGGCGGUGACGUGGGCGACACCACCAGUGCAAACAGCACAAACGCCAACACCAACAACGAUCACCACUAUCAGCCGCAGACGGGUGAUGCACAGAUGGACGACUUCGCAGCGAUGAACAUGGGCCUAGACUUUGACUUCGGCGUCACCGACAUGGACGCAUUUCUGUCUAUUGAUCCGAAUCAAAAUUGGGUGUUUAGGCCUUGA